AAAAUAAUCAGAAGCAUCCAACGUUUCGUUAUUCCUCCUCGCAGCCGUUUUCAGUUUCCGGCCACCGGCGAGCACCAAGAACAUCUCAACCCGGAAACUUACCUCUCUUUAACCACGAAAUGCCACGUCACUGGUCACCGCCAUUUUCAGUUCUAGCUGCAUUUUCACUCUGCUAUUCCUCUGCUCUAUUUCCCUUCUCCCAUGGCGGUUCUCAAACUCCCUUCUCUCAAAUUCCUCCCAUCUCAGAGUGGAGAAAUGAAGACUAUUAUUCUGGUGGGGAGCUUGGUUGGGGAAGUCCUAAGGGGUCUGUUGCUGAAGGGCCCGUAACGGAGCCUGUUGAGCACUCGUUGUUUGUGUUGGCAGCUGAAAGAACUCGAAGAAAAGAUCCUCUUAGUGGGUUUCAAGUUUAUACUAAUGGGUGGAAUAUCAGUGACCGCCAUUACUGGGCUUCUGUUAGCUUCACUGCAGCUCCAUUGUUUGCUGUUGCUGCAGCCUGGCUCUCGGGGUUCGGCCUUUGCUUAUUCGUCGUUUCUCUUUGUUACUUCUGUUGUGAAAAACGCUCAUACGGCUAUUCUCGAACGGCUUAUGCUCUUUCACUUCUCCUCCUCAUUAUGUUCUCCAUUUCAGCAAUCAUUGGAUGUGUAAUUUUAUACACUGGACAAGGAAGGUUUCACAAUAGUUCAUCAAAAACAUUGGAAUAUGUUGUAAGUCAAGCAGAUUUCACUGCUCGAAAGCUUCGGGAUGUAUCGGAUUACUUCGCCGCGGCGAAGCAGACCGGAGUCGAUCAAGUGUUCUUGCCUUCUGAUGUUCAAACCGACAUCGAUCAAAUUGAGAUAAAGAUCAACUCUUCUGCUAGUGUUCUUGAUGAAAAAACUGUUCAUAACUCAAUUGACAUAAAAGAUCUCCUUGAUUCUAUUCGUCUGGCUCUGAUAAUCGUCGCGGCUAUCAUGCUUUUGUUGACGUUUCUUGGAUUCUUGUUCUCCAUAUUUGGCAUGCAAGUCCUUGUGUACAUCCUGGUGAUAACUGGCUGGUUACUCGUAACUGGGACGUUUGUCUUAUCUGGCACGUUUCUUGUUCUUCACAAUGUGGCUGCAGAUACUUGUGUCGCAAUGGACCAAUGGGUCCAGAAUCCGAGCGCCUACACGGCCUUAGACGACAUUCUUCCUUGUGUGGAUAAAGUGACUGCUCAAGAAACCCUGGUAAAAAGCAAGGAAGUGAGUGCACAACUCGUCGAUCUGAUCAACGAGGUGAUCACCAAUGUCUCAAACAUAAAUUUUUCACCGAACUUCAAACCGAUGUACUUCAACCAAUCCGGUCCCGUUAUGCCAACGCUCUGUAACCCGUUUCACCAUGCGGACUUGACACCGAGAACUUGCUCUUCUGGUGAAGUAGACUUGCAAAAUGCUACACAAAUAUGGGGCAACUAUGUCUGCCAAGUUUUGCCUACCGGUGAUAUAUGCAUCACGACGGGGCGAUUGACUCCGAACUUAUACAGCCAGAUGACGAGCGGAGUCAACUUAAGCUAUGCGCUAUUGAACUAUGGUCCUACAUUGGUCGAGCUCCAAGACUGCACGUUUGUUCGCCAAACGUUCGAUGACAUACAUAGAAAUUAUUGUCCUGGUUUACAACAAUACAGCAGAUGGGUGUAUGUAGGAUUAGCAACCGCCUCCAUUGCCGUUAUGCUGUCUCUGAUACUAUGGAUUAUAUACGGUCGAGAACGGCGCCACCGUGCUUAUACGAAAGGACUAACUACUAAACCAACUGGGGAAGAGUUGGAGGGGAACAAAGAAUCGUGAAAACUAAGUGUAUGAUUAUUUCCACUGCUAACGUAGCUGAUAUUGAACGAUCAACUUGUACUUUUUUCGUGUAACACGAAUGUAGUAUAAUAUGGCAAGAUUGGCUUCAAUGUCUAGACCUAUCUUUCGUGCAUUCACAACCGAUACCGCUGUGUUAGCCAGCUUGGUUCUAUGCUGUUGGUAUGCAUUGCAGGGAGUUCAAAGACGGGACGAGGGACCGGUACGAAUGGCGUUUUGGAAACGGAGUCUACGAAAGCCUUGGGAUUCCGUGUGUGCCGCCAUUGUCAUCUGCUCCGAUGAUCGUGAUUUUCGUCCCCAUCGUUUCACGUGGUUCCGUUUAAUCCGUCCCGUUCAUUCCGGUGCCAGGUAUUUAUUUCUUUACUUUUGCUAUGAUUCGUUUAUUUAGUUGGUGCAGGACGUGCCGCUUGGUGAAAUAAAGUCGUCACGAUUCAGGCGCUGAGUUGAAACUAAACUUAGAAGAUAAAACAAUGUUAAAAUAUUUAAUAAUAAAUUAUAGUUUAUUUACCAUUCUAUCUCCUUUAUUAAUAUAAUAAGAGGAAGGAAAGUGUUGAAUGAAAGCCUCACGGUCUAAUUUAGGAAUGACCAUAGGUUUAUAAUCUAUCAUUGGCUAAGUUAGUGAAGAUGAUCGUCCCAAUCCAAUAAAUAUAGUUUAAGUUGGGUUAUUAACCCAUUUGAAUUUGAUUAUUUCAAAUCAAAUAAAUGAAGAUUUAUAAGUUAGGUUAGUUCAUGGGUUUGUUUUUUUUUUAACGUUAUUUUUAUUAUAUUUAUAAUUUUAUUAUUUAUUCUCUUGGACUUCGGCCUUCAAAUGAGCUCUUCAAGCCUAGUGAUUUUUUGGGUUUUAUGUAGUAGUUGGGAUAGCCCAAAACCUAAUUUAGUGGGCCCAAGCCACGUGUCCGAUUCUCCAGAGGCAGUUAUUGUUAACUUCUUUUGCAAAGUGACAGUCAGAGUAACUUAAACAUCUCUCGUAACCGCUUUCUUUAUAUAAAUAUCACCCCGCCCAUUUUUACUCUGUUGCUUGACUAUUCUUUCGAGAGAAGAAAAGAAACAGCGAAAUGGGUUUGGGCAUCAAUUGUUCAUCUUCAGUAGUUCUCCUACCUCGAGCUCCCGAUUCAAAUUCCUUUGAUUCUUCAAAAGUUGCUCGAUUGUCUGCGAAGGACGAUAGAGGAACGUGGAGAAUCAGAAGUCGAUGCGCUUUAGGUUUAGCGAGUUUGAUUCUCGCAAUUGAGUUCGGCGACAUCUCCGUCGCCGUUGAAACUCAGGCUCUCGAAUCGCCGCCGCAAGUUGUAGAUUCGAGGCGUGUAAAGAUCUCGAGAUGGAGCGACAAAAGAAAAUGCGCUCAAUGGCGAGCCAAUUCGCUCGAGAUCAUUGUGCCUGAGAACCUUCCGAGGCCAUCGCAGCGCCGGAAGUGGGAGACAAUAGCAUUUACGGAUGUGGAGAACGCACCGGCAGUUCAAGUAAUUUCUUCCAAAUUUGGCUCCAAGUACUGUUUCUCUUUAUAAAUAUCUAUUGCCUCGCCCAGAGUAAAUUGUAGAUACUAGCUACUAAGUCGUUUUUAUCAAUCACUUCAAUGGCUA